AUGUGGUUUGUAGCGUUUUAUGCACCAUGGUGUGGACAUUGUAAACGUUUAAUGCCCACUUGGGAACAUUUAGCACAUGCUGUAGCGGAUAAAGAAAUUGAUGUACGUAUUGGAUAUCCAACAAUAAUUUUCUUUAGAAAUGGUGUUGAAAUUCCUUAUGAAGGUGAAAGAACAAAUGAAAAAAUGUUAGACUUUGUUAUAAAAAGUUCUGGACCAGUAAUUAAAGUAAUUAAUAAACAGUCUGAGUUAACAAACGCUAUUAAAAACUGUGACAAAGAUCCAGUGUUUUUGUUUGUCGGUGAUGAAGAUAUACUUUUUGAGAAAUUUAAAGAUAUUGCUGAAAAAGAAUUUGUUAGUGUUAACUUUUAUAAAACAAAAGUAGCAAAUGUUUUACCAGGAAAUAUAAAAAUUUUAUCAGAACCAACUGUUAUUGUAUUUAAAGAUAAAACACAUUACAUUUAUCCUCAUAAUGAUAUUUCACUUAAAGAAUGGAUACUUCAAGAAAAAUGGAUAUUGAUGCCACAAAUAAAUUAUGCUAAUUUGCAUGCAGUUGGAACUUUAUCUAAGAAAUUGUUAGUUUUAAUAAUAUCUGAUUUUCUAGAAAGAUCUAAAAAAGAUUCAAAAGUUUCAAAAUUUGAAAAAAUAGCAAAUGAAGCAGCUUUGAUGGUAAGAAAAGACACAGAAAUGUCAUCAAUGUUUCAAUUUGGAUGGGUUGAUGGUAAUGCGAUUCCUACAUCUAUAGUCAUUGGAAAUUUUGACAUCCCUGGAAUUUUAGUUUUUAACUAUUCAUCUUAUGAAUACUAUAUAAGUAAUGAUGAACCUGCCAAAAUGACACCACAUUCUAUUAAAACAUUUUUAAAUUCAAUAAUGGAAGGAGAAAUUAAACCACUUGGAGGAAAUUCAUUAAUUACAAAUGUCCGUCGUUCAAUAUUCGAAUUAUGCAAAAAUGUAUAUGAAAUGUUUGCAAACCAACCAAUUCUUGCUUCAUGCCUUUUUGGUGUUCCACUAGCAUUUUUUUCCAUUAUUACAUACUCAAUAUGUAGUUCUGAUUUUUCUGUUGAUAGAGAUGAAAUUUUUUCAGAAAGUGAAACAGAAGAAGAGGAACUUGAGGAAAGUGAAGAUCAAUGGAAUUUGGUUGAUAAUGAUAGUGAACAUGAAAAAAAUGAAUAA